AUGGGUAUUGGUAAAAAAGACGCUACUACGGAAACUGAAAUUCGUUUCUCCAACUGUGUAAAAGAAGGUUGCGAUCGUAGUGCGGAUGUAGACAGCAGCGUUUUUUGGCAGUCUGUUCAAGAAAGAAACAAAAAAUUGACAGAAGCUUUAAAAAAAGAAUGUGAUGAAACGAUGGAACGAAUUGAUAGUGCACGACAAAAAUUGGCCGACCUAAGAGCCGCUAAACUAGAUCUUCUAGAAGCACUUGAGGAGGCAGAAACGACGGAAGCAAAAUGA